AUGUCUCAUUUGAACCGUCCCGCUGACCCCUUUGAUGCAAAGGCGAUGCUCAACCUGGGCCCGUGCUCCCUGCUCCCACCACACAUUCACCCGCGCGCGACCAACUACGUCGUCGCCAUCUCCGGAACGACCAUGACAUAUACGAUCGCCGAGAAUGGCACGCGUACCGUGUCCGAGACUCUACGCUCGGGACAGAUGACCAUUUUCCCGCAUCCGUCGGUCCACGCGAUGAUGAACAUUGGCUGUGCGAACGCGCAGCUCAUUUCCGCGUUGAAAUCGGACGAUACGGGAACGACCGAUCUGGCAAACGCCUUCUUCGGUCUGCCGCAGAAUAUCUCGGGGACGGUCAUUGGCGGUGGGUUGAGCGUUGCGGGUAUCGAUGGGCGGGUCGCGCCAGUGAGGACGGCGUCGACCUGGGGGCCUGAGGAGUGCAUUUCUGCGUGCGUGAAGAAGGGGAAGAUGAUCAAGCGGGACUUUUAG